UUGUCUUCCCGCUGCAACCCGAGAGGAAAAAAAAGAAAAGAAACCCAGCCAUGCCUUGAGGAAACCAAUAGAAAGCUUGGUUUUUUGGCCUUUUUUUCUUGCUUUAGAACCUGAUUGGAACCCAGAAAUUCUCCCCCGGCAAGAAGCUUUCGGAUCUGCCUUGCUCUGCUCCUCACCGUCCGGCUGCUCCUGCUUUGUGGGUGUGAUUUGUUCGGUUUUUUGAUUGCCGCCGGCCUUCUUCCCCCUGCUAGGUCCGGUUCUUGCUUGAGAAUUAUGGUUCCCGAUCGUUAUGUCAGUUAGUGCGUGAAUUGAGUGUUCGGUUUAUGCGAGUGAGGUAAGUAAAUUUAUGGUAAUGCCCGUACUGUUUUAUAAGCAUGUUUUGAUUUGUUUUUGAAGUGGUGGCGGGACUAAACCCGUUUUACACAAAUUUUGAUGGUAUCAGAGUGUGAAUGUGAUAAGUUCCGAGCCUUGUGCAUUUGUGGGACCCGUCUCACGAGUGCACGGCGUCUGUCGCGUCUCGAAAUUGGGUUUUGGGGCGUGACAAAUUUAGUGGUAUCAGAGCUUAGGGACGAUUCUGAUUUAUGUUCCCUGAAUUUUCUAAUCCAUUUCGAUGAGAUGGUAAUCUGAUUGUUCUUGUUUCUUGCCUUCAUACUUUGUGUGAAGUUGUGAAAGUAAUCUUGCCCAUUAUGUCCUGAAGACCUUGUUUUGAAACUUUGUCAUUUUCUGAUAGUCUGCACUUGUUUAGGCUUGUUACGUGAGUAGAAUUCUUGUAUGCUCUUUUGCCACAAUUGUGAAAUCUGGGGAGUUGCAAAGACUUUUGUUAUUGAUUUUGUUGGUCUCUACCAUAUAACUGGUUGAGAAAUUUGCUCUGUUUGUCACAUGACUAGUGAAAGAUGGGCAACCCUCUACCUUGUAAGAGAUUCUAGGCUAUUUUAGCAAUGUUGUAUGUUUUCUAGCUGCGUUUUAGGAGCUAGAUUACUUGUUUGAAUUGUCCUUGAAAACCAUUCUUGUUCUGACAUUGGUUCUUGCUCAAAUUCUGUAUAUUGCUCUUGCUCAAUUCCGCAUAUUCUGUUAGUUCUUGUGUCAGUAUACCUGUUGAUCUUCUUGAUUUCUGAUUUUGCUCAUAUGGACACCUCUUUAGGAGGGGUGACGAAAUACCUAUAUGAGGCAUCUUCAUUCUGGCCUCUUGUAAGUGUUAAUCUCUGUAUCCUUAAUGUCCUAGCUUUGACUUGAUUCUAGGAUGUCUAGGAUGACUUGAUUGUAAAUCUGCUUAACCUCCAUGAGCUACGAGAUGAAGGGGUAAUCUUUGAAAUACUUGAUGUCCUGGAGUUUUGUUUCAACUGAAAUUGUUCUUGAUCUUAGCCAUUGUUUUGUUCUAUUAAUUAAUUCUAGUACUUGAGGAUUUAUUUUAUUCCUUGUGCUUUCCGUAUUACCUCAGCCUCCAGUAGCUUAUUUGAUGGCAAAUCUUGUUAAGUGAUUAGUGUUCUGCUUUUUAAGAUUAGUUGUGAUUUGAUAUCAGAGUGGCGCAGCGGAAGCGUAGUAGGCCAUGUCUGUUCAUAGAAAGUGAGUGAGGCAUUUGUUUGUCUUGGAUUGUGUGAAGCCAUUCACCAGUCUAGAUGAUCCCCAAUUUGAGUUUUGGGGACAAAACUCCUUUUUAGGAGGGGUGAGUGUAAUAUCCCAAAAUUUUGGGAAUAUUUAAGUGUAAGUUAAGGACUUGAUUGUGAGAAAAGAUUGUUUUGGGGCCUAAUGUGAAUAUUCUAA